GUCACCUGUCACCGGUGUAUAGGUCCGGCCCUUGUCCUCAACGAAAGUCGGCGAACCAACGAGAUCUUGUCCAUGUCUGAUCGUUGUUCCCCGAUGAUAAACCCUUUCGAAUCGAAUCUGAACCCCCAUCCGGAUCGGCGCCAUCGCACCCACACUGAGCGACACCCGAUGUCCCUGUUUCUCGGGGGCGUUCAAGCAAUAUACAAGAUACCAGUCUGGCCUCAACCAGGUUGCAUGUUAUCUGCCAGUGACUCACGCUCUCGCCAUCCUUGGCUGCUGUCUAUCGAAUGAUCAUCGAUAUCUCUUGUGCCCCUGCUCCUUUGAUCUCCGGGCUUCACUUCCCCUGGUUGACAGUGCCGACAGCUUUCCCAGACAUGCUAUGUUCUCCUCCUGCUCAGGUUCCUGGCGUCGCUAACUAGUCGGGAUUGGCCGGCUUCGUUCACUUUUCCGUUCGGCGUUUGGUCCGUCUGAAUCACAAGACCCCCACAUAUCGUAACGCUGGCAGCUCAAAACUCAUGAUCUGCACAGUGGAGAUCCAGGAUACGGCCAGGGCGGCAUCACAUAGCAGCAGACGUGCCGCUCUCCUCUGGCCUGCAACUUAUCUGCGGUUGACUACUUAUCUACGACCUAUCUGGGAUCGACCUUGGUCUUGUCUCGUCCAAAAGCGGUGUUUUGACUUUGCCCCCGUCAUGCAUUUCACCUCAGUCCGUUAUUCAG